AUGUUUCAGAGCAGAUUGGUUUCGUCCAUUUUGAAGAGGAACAAAGGAGCCAUUAAUACUGUAAUAUCCAAUCUCAGAGGAAAAACGUCCCCGUUUAAUGAUUUGAGGGAACAGCCACCAACAUCCUUCUUCAAUGUCUUUAGAUCUUCACCCGUGGGUCAUCGCAUCCCAUCUAUGAGGAAUAUGUCCACUGCUGCAUCUGUUGGCAUGGAAGGUAAAGAGGGGCUAAAGCUACUUGUAACGGGAGGACCCCGUGCUCAGAAAAUGGUUGGUAUAUGGCUUUUUGGUUCUGCUGCUUGGGUUUUUAGUAUGGUCGUGCUUGGUGGUGUCACAAGGCUAACUCGAUCUGGUCUUUCAAUGACUGAUUGGAAAUUUACUGGUGGCCUCCCUCCUCUUUCAGACGAGGAAUGGUUGAAUGAGUUUGAAAAAUAUAAGCAGUCACCUGAGUAUAAGCGUGUAAACAGAGGGAUGAGUAUUGAAGAUUUCAAAUUCAUAUAUUGGAUGGAAUAUGCACAUCGUAUGUGGGGAAGGGGACUGGGUAUCAUGUUCGCUCUACCAUUUUCAUAUUUUCUGCGCAAGGGAUAUAUAACCUUAAAACUUGGAUUAAGUCUCUCUGCUCUUUUUGGCCUUGGUGCUGGGCAGGGUCUAAUAGGUUGGUGGAUGGUGAAAAGUGGUUUAGAGGAGCCAGCAUCUGAAUAUGUUCAGCCAAGAGUAAGCCCUUACCGUCUUGCAGCUCAUCUUACUUCAGCAUUUGUUAUUUACAGUGGCCUGUUCUGGACUGCACUUUCUGUUGUAAUGCCUGAGCCACCUGCUGAAUCACUAACUUGGGCUCGUGGGGCAACAAAAGUGAAGAGACUUGCUCUUCCUGUAAGCCUCAUUGUAGGCAUUACUGCUGUCUCAGGGGCAUUUGUUGCUGGAAAUGAUGCUGGACAUGCAUAUAACACUUUCCCCAAGAUGGGUGAAACCUGGAUUCCUGAUGAUAUAUUUGAACUGAAGCCACUAAUUCGAAACUUCUUUGAGAAUACAUCAACAGUGCAGCUUAACCACCGUAUCCUUGCAACUACAACCUUAAUGUCAAUUGGUGCAUUAUGGUGGUUCACGAGAAAGUUGGACAUACAUCCAGCAGUGCGAUCUUUGAUUGGAAGCACGUUCGGCAUGGCUGCUCUUCAGGUUACUUUAGGAGUAUCGACACUUCUAUCGUAUGUACCUGUAUCACUUGGCACUGCCCAUCAGGCUGGAGCCUUAACACUUAUGACGCUUAUGAUUCUGCUCAUCCACACUGUGCGCAAGCCAUCUAUAUCGCUUCUCAAAUCGCUUCCUCAAGUUGUGAAGACAGUCUAGGAGAAUUAGGUUGUAUCAAAUACAGAAGUCAGUUAGUAAAUUGUCGUCGUUGUUAUAAUUGAAUGAGCAAUUUUCAACUUAAGGUUCACCAUUCCAAGCAAAGGGAGAACAUUGAAAAACCAAUUUAUGGUGUUAUUGAUUUAAUUUUCGUUCGAUGAAUUUGGAACUCAAUAUUCUAGUUUUCAUGCAGUUUCAGAGGAAGGAGAGAAUACAUGUUCUCUUAUUCCAGGUCUUUGAUUUGGAGGAAUGUACACAGUGAGCACUUUCCUAUGCAAAUACAGAUUACAGAAUUUUGUUGUGUUUGGUGCUGAGGUUAGGACGUGGAAAACCUGGAUUGUAAUAGCUUUUCAUUCAAUAAAUUGUUAGACCAGAGAA